ACCGACGAAAGACGGAUAUGCCCUUAUCCUCUCUCCCCUUAAAUAAGGGGAUCCUGUAAUUUUCUUUAAAAAGGUGAGGUAUUUCUAUUAACUGCUAUUGCGUUUCUCUUUUAUUCUCUCUUCUUCUCUUCUCCUCUCCUCUUCUCGUCCAUAGCUAGAGCUGCAGAGGAAGAAGAUGAAGGAAUGCGAGCUCUGCGAUUUACCGGCGCGGAUGUACUGCGAGUCGGACCAGGCGAGCUUGUGCUGGGACUGCGACGCCAAAGUCCACUGCGCGAAUUUCCUCGUUGCCCGGCAUUUGAGAAACCUGCUCUGCCAUGUGUGUCAGAGUCCAACGCCAUGGAAAGCGUCUGGAUCGAAGCUUGGUCCGACGGUCUCCAUCUGCGAUCGCUGUUUCAGUCGCCGCGACGGACGGAAAGGCAGGACCGAAGAAGAAGAAAGUGAAGGCGAAACGGACGGCAGAGAUGAAAGCAACGAAGAAGAAGAAGAAGAAGAAGAAGAAGAAGACGAUGAUGACGAUCAUGAUGAUGGUGGUGGUGGUGGUGAUGGAGAUGGUGAGGAGGCGGAUGGAGAGAAUCAGGUCGUUCCGUGGUCCUCGACACCACCGCCAGCUGCGAGCUCUUCUUCGAGCAGCGGAGAGUCUUCAAGCGGAGAAGCUUGUGCUGAGACGACGAUGGCGGUGUCGUUGAAACGAAUGAGGGGGAAUGCAGAUCUCUGUUUUCUGGAAGAUCUCGACAGUUCAUCUUCCCAUCAACACUACAACGCCGAAUCGGCGGCAGGGGCAGCUCGGAGGUCCGCCGGGGACGAAGCGACAUCUUCCAGACCGUCCAAGCAUCGAAAGAAAGACCCGAUGCCACAACCAGCUCAAGCCACCGGGUCGAGAACGGCUCUGAUCGGCUCGAUUCAGAGGUAUCAGCAAGAUACAAGGCUAUCCAGCGACGAAGACGUCCUCCAUAUCUGCAAAUUGAGCAGAGAUCCCACAGCCGUCGAUCUCGUGUCCACGAGCAAUCACAGCCCUCCGAUCUGAUAGAGGUAGCUUUUGUUCCUUUACCAACCAACGCCUGUUUUCAAAUUAAUCUACUAAUUUCCUUCUUAACCACAUCUUAAUCUCUCUAAUCACAAAUUAGUCUGUAUUAAUUAAUCUUAGAUAUUUUUAACUUUUCUUUAUAAUCUAUUCAGAAAGACGUGGA